UGUAUCAAAACUGAAUGUGCAGUAAUACUAUAACAAAUCCUUUCUUAGGCCUUGUAAUUUAUAAUACUAUACAUCGUUUCUUUCUUAAUAAAGUAAUUGGAAUACGAUUAAUUUAUAUAAAAUGGCCGCUAGUAACACUUCUAAGGUGAUUGAAUUUAUGAUGUUUGUUGGAAAAUUGAAACAAGUUCAACGCACUGGAUGGGUUUUGAGAGGAUUAAAAAAUGUGGAGAGUGUAGCAGACCAUAUGUAUCGUAUGGGAAUUAUGGCAUUGUUCUUAGACCAAAGUAAAACAGCUGGAAUAAAUAAAGAUAAAUGUAUUAAAAUGGCUCUUGUUCAUGAUAUGGCAGAAUGCAUUGUGGGUGAUAUAACCCCAUGGUGUGGUAUUAGUAAGGAAGAAAAGCACCAGCAAGAAAGGAAGAGUUUGGAAGACUUACUGUAUACAGGAGCAUCUCUGUCGGCUAUUCAACAUGGAAUGGAUGCCAUGGACAAGCUCUGUAAACUAGCAGGAGGUCAAACUGGUCAGGAAAUACUGGAGUUGUGGGAGGAAUAUUCACAGCAAAUUACAGCAGAAUCUAAAGCUGUGAAAGACUUGGACAAAUUUGACAUGCUUCUUCAAGCAUUUGAAUAUGAAAAGCUCUUACAAUCUCCAAAAAAAUUGCAAACUUUUUUUGAUAACAACAAAGGUAGCUUCAAUUCUGCUGAAGUUAAUAACUGGAUGGAGGAACUUCAAAAUCUGAGAACUUUACAUCCACAUGAUGGAUCUGAUGGAAGCCUUCCUAACAAUGGUUAUGUAAAAAAACUACAAGAAUAAUUUAAUAGAUAAAUAUUUAUAUCUUAUUUCCUUCAUCAAAACUGAACUAAUAUUGCAUUAAGUAUGCUUGUUUACAAUUCCAAACUGCCCCAGAUAAAUGUUUCUCAGCAUUUACAGUUGUAUAAUGAUUUAAAACAAUGCGCAUUUUUAUGUUAAUAUAGUAGUUGUGUUCAUAUAUUUUCAUCAGUUAUGGGACUGGUAAAUAAGAUUUUGCUCAAAUGCACAAAUGAAAAAAAUAUUUACUUAAGUCUCUCACUAUUGGCUCAGUCAAAUUCAACCAAGAUGCUGACCCCAAAUUCACCUUUAAGAGUUUUCAUACUAUAACUUCUAAUAUGUUUUGUGUAUUUUCACAAGCUUUCAGUAAACAUUGUCUUUUGUAAACAAAAGAUCAGAAUUUUUCAUUAUUUUUACUACAAAUUUCUCUGUGAUUGUGUGAAGUCAAAGUAUUGAUUGAUUUGAGUGCAAAGAGAUUUUCAU